AUGAAUAUAUUUCGAUUGAUAGGUGACCUUUUACACUUAGUAAGUAUGUACAUACUUAUUAUGAAGCUAAAGAAAUCGAAAAAUUGUAUAGGAAUAUCAUGCCGUAUGCAAGAGUUGUAUUUGAUAGUCUUCUUAUGUAGAUAUAUAGACCUGUUCUUUGUAUUUGUCAGUUUUUAUAACACGAUUAUGAAAAUCACCUUUAUACUAACGAUUGCAUAUACGAUAUACUUGAUAAGAUUUAAGCUGCCAAUUUCACAAACAUAUAACAGAAAAGUCGACAAUUUUAAAAGUGAAAAAUAUUUGAUACCUCCAUGUUUAGUUUUGAGCCUUUUAACAUGCAAGACAUACAACCUUUACAACAUUUUAUGGUCCUUUUCAAUUUGGCUAGAAAGUGUUGCAAUAUUACCUCAAUUAGUAUUAUUAGAAAAACAAAGAGAAGUUGAAAAUAUAACAUCGCAUUAUGUUAUUACAAUGGGUAUGUAUCGUGCCUUUUAUAUUUUCAAUUGGAUUUAUAGAUACUUUUUCGAUGCAAAACCAUAUAUAAAUGUUGUAGGAUGGUUAGGAGGAUUGAUACAAACAUUAUUAUAUAUUGAUUUCUUUUAUUAUUUUGCACUUGCUAAAUGGUAUGGAAAAAAAUUGGUAUUACCAUUUAACGGAGAAGUUUGA